UGACGUGCGCGCCCAUCCACCCACAAUCCCCUGCGAAGAAGAAAGAGAGAGCGGAGAGAGUCGGAGAGAAGAUCGCGGCCGGAGCGGCUUCAAGAUGGAGCGUUAGCGGCGCGGCUCUGCCUUGCAAACGCGGCGAGAGAGAGAGAGAGAGAGAGAGAGCGCGAGAGAGAAGGAGACGGAAAGGAGCCACAGCCACAGCUGGGCCUGAGCCUCGGCUUGCUCGUGAGAGCGCGACCCGACCCGACGCGACUUGAGGCGAGGCGAGGCGAGCCGAGCGGCGGGAGAGGAUGGCCAGCGCCAGCGGCUCCAAGGCCGAGUUCAUCGUCGGCGGCAAAUACAAGCUGGUCCGCAAGAUCGGCAGCGGCUCGUUCGGCGACAUCUACCUGGCCAUCAACAUCACCAACGGGGAGGAGGUAGCGGUGAAAUUGGAAUCGCAGAAAGCCCGACACCCACAGCUCCUGUACGAGAGCAAACUCUACAAGAUCCUUCAGGGAGGAGUCGGCAUCCCUCACAUCCGGUGGUAUGGACAAGAGAAGGAUUACAAUGUCCUAGUUAUGGACUUGCUUGGACCAAGCCUUGAAGAUUUGUUCAACUUCUGUUCUCGCAGGUUCACAAUGAAGACUGUUCUGAUGUUAGCUGACCAGAUGAUCAGCAGAAUUGAAUAUGUGCAUACAAAGAAUUUUAUUCAUAGAGAUAUCAAGCCAGACAACUUCCUUAUGGGCAUUGGACGUCAUUGUAAUAAGUGUUUAGAAUCUCCAGUGGGGAAGAGGAAAAGAAGCAUGACUGUUAGCCCUUCUCACGACCCAGCUUUCUCAGGAUUAAAUCAGUUGUUUCUGAUUGACUUUGGUUUGGCCAAAAAAUACCGUGAUAACCGGACAAGACAGCACAUACCGUACAGAGAAGACAAAAAUCUUACAGGAACAGCACGUUAUGCCAGCAUUAAUGCACAUCUAGGUAUUGAACAGAGUCGUCGUGACGAUAUGGAAUCACUAGGUUAUGUACUAAUGUACUUCAACAGAACAAGCCUUCCUUGGCAAGGAUUGAAGGCAGCAACAAAGAAACAGAAGUAUGAGAAAAUUAGUGAGAAGAAGAUGUCAACCCCAGUUGAGGUUUUGUGUAAGGGUUUCCCAGCUGAGUUUGCAAUGUAUCUGAACUACUGUCGUGGGCUGCGAUUUGAAGAAGCACCAGAUUACAUGUAUCUCAGACAGCUUUUCCGCAUUCUUUUCAGAACCUUAAAUCACCAGUAUGACUACACUUUUGACUGGACGAUGUUGAAGCAAAAGGCAGCACAACAAGCAGCUUCUUCUAGCGGGCAGGGACAACAGGCCCAAACACCCACAGGCAAGCAAACCGAGAAAUCCAAGAGUAACAUGAAAGGUUUUUGAGAGGUUGAAGCAAAGGAGCAGAGCAGCAUGUGAGCAGAAAUUGCCUUUUGUCACUCCCGUUCUGAUUUUUGUUUCACAUGUACAUGUCAUUCAGUGGACAACCAUUUAAUUGACAAACUCGACUGGAUACAGCUGACUGACUCUGGGAAGAACCUAUGAAAGUUUUACCUGCAACUGUAGCAGCCUUUAAUCAAACAAAUAUUCCUGGAAAAGCGCAAUUUCAUCUUUCAAAAUAGAGCAACUGAAGCAGAAUUGCCGGUGUACCGUUUUCUUUAUUCAAUAAGGGGGAUGUAAAAGUAGUUGACACACAACGGAGAGAAGAAUUAACAUUGUGCAUUUGCCAAUUUUUUCCCUUUGUUACACUGCUUGGAAUUUAAAUGUUUCAUAUACGUACGGCACAUGGAAACUGUUCUGUAAGCGGUCUCUGAAUUCAGCCCACACUUGUACAACUUGAAAGGUGCCCGGCAUUGCCCAUCUUUUCCUUGUAUCGGCUCCCAAAUCUGUCUAAUGGAAAGUGGUCAUUUUAAAAUCUUUAAAGGUUUGGAUUCUCUCUUAAAAGCUUCCACAGCCAAUAGUAAACUGAUAGCAACCAAAGAAUCCAUGUUUUCUGUUGGAAGGACUUCUUUCUGCCUGCUGUCCUAUGCUAGAUUGACACCUAAUGUGAAGAGAUGACAGAAGUAGUGACUACUAGAUAAAUCUAGAACUCUGCAUUAACUAUAUUGUACUUGGUUAAAACGAAAAGCUUAGUCAUCACAAGCUUAGCUAACAACUUAAGACUGAACUUGUAUGUAAAUUGCUUAGAUAGCAUUGUAAUCAUUGUACACAUCUACUCUCUGAUCUGGGAUUUACAGUGUUUGUUUCUGAUUGUCGGCUUUUUUUGUUUACAUGUUAAUUGAAUAAGAAAACUGCAUAGUUCCUGUAAAAGAAUAGGGUUAUUUUAUAUUGCUGUGCUGGACUUCCCUGUUUGCAAGUGCCCCUUUCCCCUUCAACUUUGGUUCACUUUUAUCAGUAAACUUUCAAGCCAAUUGUUAAUUUAAAAUGUUCCAUUUCUUUCGCAGAUUUUAGAUUUCUAGGCAGAUAUACCAUUUUCUCCUUUUUUUAAAAAAUACAGUGGUGUUUUUUUUGUAAAAAUAUAUUUUGGGGGUUUUGUUAGUUUUGUUAUUGCUGCAGUGAAUUGAUUCUUAAUAGAAAAUAUGUAUCGUUAAGAUGGAACCCCUGCAGCAUCCAAGCAAUGCCAUUGUAUACACGGCAAUGGCUGAAAUUUGACGUUCCUUUGAAAUUUCAGAAAAAGUGUGUUGGAGUUUUUUUUUUACUUUUUGAUCUUGUAAAAUGAAUGAAAAUUAACUCAUGUUCAGCAAACCAGAUGUACAGUGCAGAAAGGGCAACUGUUGCUGGCUAUGGUUCUGGCCCAGCUAAAAUCUUAUUGCUGGAAAUAACAGUGUAAUUUAUUCCUUUUUAGCAUGUAAGAAUAAAUUAAAUUACUUGUCGGAAACACCUGACCAGUCUUAAUUUUUGCCAGUUCCUUGUGGAAGGUAUUGUCAGAGAGGUGUGCAAACUAGAAUUAAUUUCUGUUGUGAACUUUGUUCACAUGUAUAAUUGAGCAAUGUUUGUGUUUCAUAAUUACUUAUUUUAAGAUGAACGUAGUUGGUUACUCUAGUGUACCGUAAGGACCAGUAGCCUUUUCCCAUAAUUUUUCAUAACAGGAACUUAAGCAUUGAUUGUAAUCUAUUGCCGAUUAGCACUUUUUGGGGAAAAAUUGACAUUUAUUUUAUGUAAAUUCACAAACCAUGUUGUAUGUUAUGCCUUGAAAUUGUUCUGAAUGUGUUUUCAUGUUGCUCUCAUGUUCAUUCCUAAAUCUAACUAACCUUUUUAUAGGUUCAGAGUAUCCAUCUACAGAGUGCUUGUUACAGGUUAGGGUAUAACAUAAAUAUUCAACUACUUAGGUUAAAAUUUGCCCUUUUUCUUUUAACAUUUUAUUGACUUAAAGAGUGGUGUGUACAAGAGUAAAGUGUAAGUCUUAAGUUGAAGGGAAAAGGUUCACGAUAGCUUGGCUCAUAGGAUUGGCAAAGUGUAUUUAUGACCACAUUCUGAAUGCUGGUAGCUACUGUUCAAAGCACUUUUCUGUCACAACAGCCACGCAGAGGCAACACAAAGAAUCCCCAAAUUCACAUACGCACAGCUAGACAACCCCUGAGGGGGUAUGUCGAUUAUUCCCCCCCGCCCCCCCAUUCCCGUUGGAUAAAACCCACAGAGGCUAAUGCCAAGAUGUGAUGAAAGUUUUUACGGCUAAGUAUUGACAAUCGAUUGCAUGUUUUCAAUUUCUCUCAGACAUUGUAAUCCUACGAGUCAACCUAUGCAAAUCACCAUUGGUAGGAGUAGGAUGUCCUAACCUCUUAUUUCAUAGUACAAUAUAUUAAGGAUUGAGUUUAUCAGUGAUUAUGAUGCUGCCAAAUAAGUUUGUCAUAGUUGAGACCUCCAGCUUUCUCAUUACGUUUUUUUCCUAUUAGUCUAUUCUAGCUAUCACAUUUUUAUCGAUUUGUUUUUCAAAUGGGUAAAGACAAUUUAUCAUGGGUUUUAUAUAUCGAAUAUCUGUAUAUGUUGGGAUACCGUGACAUCCCUGGAUGGAACCGAAGCAUAUGUUGCCAAUCAGCAUGCAGUUUUUAAACGUGUAGUACAGCUCUGUAUUACUUGUGUUGCAUCUAUCCAAAGUUUUGAAUAAAAUACAAAAAAUGUUUUGAAUUAA